AUGCCGCCCUUCCCACAGCCCUUCGUCUCCACCACCUCGCACUGGCAAGCGACGAACCGCGGCCCCACGUCGCUGUGGAAUCACGGGCGUGACGCCCCGCUCCCCGCGUCCGCGGACAUUGUGAUCAUCGGCGCGGGGAUCACUGGCGCCUCGCUCGCCUACCACCUCACUCGGGAAGGCGGCGCCGGCGUCGGCAAGACCGUGGUGGUACUCGAGGCACGCGACGUGGCGUCGGGCUCAACUGGGAAGAACGGAGGGCAUAUUGCGCCGGCGUGGUACACGGCGUUUGCGAGCCUCGUCCGGAGCGUCGAGGAGGGCGGGGGCGGAUGUACGCCUGAGCAGGCGCUUGAGGUCAUCUUCAAUGAGCAGGACACGCUGGCGCUGGCGCAGGAAAUUGUGGCGCGUGACAAGCUGGAUGUCGACCUGUGGGUGGGAGAAAAGCUUGAGGGUAAGGCCGUGUGCGGCGGCGCUAACGCAGUGUUCACCUCGGCCGCGGCGGCGAAGCUUAAUGACGAAGCCUAUGGUGCGUUCCACGCUGCGCUGGCAGCCAGCCCGCGCUUUGCGGGCCGCGAUGUUGGCUGGCGACGCAUCUCGGACCCCGAGGAGGCGAGGCGCGUGUCACGGCAGGCGCACGCGGUCGCCACCAACAUCGGGCCGGCGGGGUCGUGUCAUCCCCACCGCUUGACAACGGCGCUUAUGCGCCUCGCGAUUAACGCCGGUGUCCAGCUGUUCAGUUGGGCGCCGGUGCUGUCCCUCCGGCACGAGACGGGCUGGGUGCUGGAUUGUGGGACGCAGGGCGUCAUCCGUGCCGGCCAAGUCGUGGCGGCUACCAAUGCGUGGACGCGGCACCUCUUCCCGACCGAGAAAGAGGGUGCAAGCAUCGGCGCGCACAUCACCCCGUUCCGGGGACACGCCGCUCUCGUGGUCCCGCCGCCGUCAUAUGCAGGCUCGGCAGCCCUAAGGCACACCUACAGCGUCGAGAACGGGCCGUACCUCAUGCACACGCCGCACGCGGGAAUUGUGUUGGGCGUGUACAACUCGACAGCGGUGAACGCGGGCCUAUGCGGCUGGGUAGAUAUUCUCGGAGUUGAGGACGACUCUGUCGUGGUUCCCGCUUUGGCGGACUGGCUGGGCGCAUACUGCCGCCGCGCGUAUGAGGGCUGGGGCACUGAAGGGCAGGGCGAGGGAGCCACGCGGGUCUGGAGCGGCGUGCUUGCAGCGUCGGCCGACCUCCUGCCGCUCAUCGGCGCGGUGCGGGACAAGCCGGGAAUGUGGGCCGCCGCCGGCUUUCACGGCCACGGCAUGGCUAGGAUUCUUACGUGCACGCGCGGCCUGGCGGCACAGAUGAAGACGGGGGACUGGGACGAGCGCCUCCCGCGCGUAUUUGAUAUCACGCCAGAGCGGUUACAGCGGGCUCGGCACGCGGCCGCGAUACCGACGUUUCAAGGUGUGGGGGGAGCUGUGUCCGAGAUUCCGCGGCUGUGA